GAGAGAGAGUGAGAAAGGAAGGGGAGAGGGGGCGGGAGAGGAGAGGGAGAGAAUCGUCGUGCGUAUAGAAUUAGGAAGUAAAGCGGCGCGAAUGGUGGUGUGCGGAACGAUAGCUUCACGAUCCUGCCGAAGGACAAAGGAAACACAUGAAAGGGAAAAAGAGAUUUUUAUUUAGGCCAGCCGCGGAAUAUCUAGGAAAUUUUCCGUGAAAAAUACGAAUCUUCGCGGUUGCAAAUCUGCGGUUCAGUUUUUUAAAUUAGAAAGAUAGAUAAGAGAGCCGCACGGAUUCGCGACCAGUUCACGUCGAUGGAUCACACGUUCGGAUGGAAGAUGCAUUCACGAAUUUCGGAGUAUAGUGCGCGAAGUGUCCGACCGCACGAUCGCGCGAAUCAGAAAAUAUAAUGAGAAAGAGAAGGAACACGGAAUCGCUUUCUUUUUCGUUGACCAAUUUUGACUUUGCUCGCCGCCUGCAAAGAGAGAAAGAGAGAGAGAGAGAGAGACAAACGGCAGUGCGUGGAGUAGAAAAAAAGAAUAAAGUGCGAAGUGUUUGCGAGAGGUGUGGCGACCAAUUUUUCGUAAGUAAAUAUCGUAGUUCUCGUGUGCUGCUUGUGUGUGCGAUCGUAAGCGAUUCAAAUUGAAUUUUCCUCCGCGUCAAGGUGAUAAAAUGAAUCGAAAACCAUUUUGGACUCCGGAGUAUCGUAACUUCCGCGAGACAAAGUCGGUUUGGUAAUUUUUCGAUAAAAGUAAUUUUCCGCAUCCAAGUAUAUCUCGGGGAGAGCAACGCGGAAGCCGCCGCGCCGGGCCCGCCGCGGCGCCGCCGCGGCGUUUUCUGGCUCCAGGUCCUUUCCGUGGUGCGCGGAUCGCCUUCUCCACGGCAUCAAAUCCACCACCCGUCGCCGCACCAUUACCACCGCCAGUGGCAUCGCAGCAACCACCACUACCGCCGCGACGACCACCACCACUGUCGUCGUCGCCGCCGCCGCCGCCGCCGCCGCCGCCGCCGCUGCCGCCGUCAACGCCUCCUGUUGUACUAGCCGGCGGCGGUUCACGGUAGUGUCCUCGAACACGGCAUGCACGUAUCGUGCUGCGAAAGUUGUACGAGUCUCGCGGUGCGCCAAACGAGAAACGUGUUCGUGUGCCGACGCCGACGUCGGCGUCGCCGUCGAGACGUGUGAGAAACGGGACAACGACGAGACUGGCGCGCGUUCCUCCCCGAGAGAAUCCGCUCCCUCCUAGGCUCGACUUACGCACCGCAGCGCGUGUGUGUGGGAAAACAGAUCGUACAAAUCAACCGCCUUCUAACAAGCCACAUUAACCUCAAGUGAUUUCUAUUUUCUUACGAAACGCGAAAGAAAUAUGUAAUUAGUAUGUUUAUAUCGAUUUAAAGAAAGAACACACAAAAAAUAAAGAAGAUAUCCCAAGAGCUUAGGUUCAGAAGAAGACAAAAGAUAGAGCUAUAUUAGCUAAUAAGUGUACAAAGUAUAUCUAACUAAAGGAGGAAGACAAGAAACAGAUAAAAACAAACAAAUAAAUAAACAAGUCCGCCAGUGCCAAAUUGAGAAAGAAAGCAAAGUGAAAGUGAUCGUAACAGAGAGAGAGAGCGCGAGAGAGAGAGAGAGAGUAGAGUAAAAUAGAGUAAGAUUUAUUUUACCUUGGAAUAUAAAAGUAGAAAAAAAAAAAAUCUUUUAGGCACAAACACAUACAGUGUUAUCUACAAAUUUCAUAAGAAUAAACGCGAUCAAGUGCAAACAACGUACAACAUUUUAAUUAAAACGAGAAGGAAGGAAGGAAGGAAGGAAGACAGAACGACAGAGUAACACAGUACGAGAGCAGGACCGUAAACCAAAGAAUCUACCAUUUUUUCUAUUAAUCACUCAUCGAAUAAUCUCUCGUCAAGUGAAAUAAUAGUGAGACACACACCGAUUCCUUCGUCAGAGCCAGAUUAAUUAAGCGAGCCGGCAUACAAUUUUGUAGAGGUUUAUAGAAAUAGCCAUAAAAUAUAAGUGCAUUUUUUAAACUGGACGUGUCACGUGACAGAUUUUCGCCAAGCGAAAGGAAGAAGAAGCAGACAAAGGGAGAAAUCAACCGGAUUCGCUUGAACACUCCCAGAGCAACCGAUCUACUUCAGUUCGUAGCCUAAACCUGUUGAGUACAAAACGAUACAGAGUUAAAGAUAUAGAUAGACAGAAGCGAAGGGGGGGAGAGAGAGAGAGAGAGAGAGAAGCAGAGCGAAAAGCCGAGUGUGAGAAAAAGGACGAGAGCGUAAUAUUGAAGAAUAGUAGACAAUUACCCGGAAGAUUACGUGCUACCGAAAGACACGGGUCAAUCCGGAUGCCAAUCCACAGACGACACUCCGUCGUCAUCAGACCUCUAGGCUCCGACUUGACAAAUUAACGAGGAAUCAAAGUGAGAUCGGUCGAUCGAGAAAGGCGCCAAUGUCACGUACAAGAAUUUCAUUGAUCAUCCGCUCGAAGAAGACCAGAUAAUCUCAAGCCUUCAGAUUUGGAACAAAGGACGAACGUCCAGGAGAAGAGAGAGAGAAAGAGAGGAGAGGACCGCUCGCGCGAUCCUCGGGAGGUGUUCAAGAAGAGAACCACCAUCAAGUGGGACACGCGAAACUCGCAAAACACGAGGUGGAGGAGUUAAAGUCGCGAUGACGUGGCGGGGAAGAUGAGCGCCGAGGUGACGAAGGAGGUCGUCGCCACCGAGAGGGUCCCGACGAGCCCUCCGGCGGCGGUCGCGACCUCACCGCCGGGCACGAUCGGCACCGGCGACCUGUCGGCGCGGCAUCUGCCGCCCUUCAGCAGCUUCGCCGGCGAGAACUCGAUGGACACCACGACGACGCUGACGACGCUCCACGCCCAGGACAUUGGGACAAACCUGAUGUCCUGGGACUAUUACGAGGGCCUGACCGGCCGGCUAAUCGACGUGGUCCCGACGAGCCAGUACAGACCCUGGGAAUCCAAAGGCGGCAUCGGUGUGGAGCUGCCCAGCUUCGCGAGUCAGUUCACCGCUCCGAGCGAAUCCGAGCCUCAAUUGACGGCGUUGACGCCGCUAUCGCCGGCAUCCAUUUCGCACUCGCCGCCGGUUACGUCGGCCGUGGGCCUACCAAGCUUCCACACACUUGGGACACCGCUUCCGGCGUCGCAUCCGCAUCGCGGUUCGCUCGGCUAUCCCCUGGUACCGGCGCCGGUACAGGCUCGAGAGGUUCCGCAUUUACAACAGCAGAUGCUCGACGAGCGUCACAUACAGCUCCUGGGUAGCAGCCCGGUCCAAGCGUUCCCGCCACCUCCGCCGCAUCACUCGGCGGUACUGACGGUAGUGAAGCCCGAUUAUCCACAACUGCAUCAUGCCAAUUUCCAAAACCCGAUGUCGACCGUGCUGGACUCCUCGCCGACUUCACGGCCGAUCGGCAUCGACGGCCGUAAAAAGGAGCGUAGAAAAAUCCGCGCUGGUUCAAUGGAGUCGGAAGAUGGUGGCGGAGGUGGCGGCGGCGGCGGCGGCGGUGGCGGCGCCGGUACCGGCAACGUAGAAAGUUCCGGUCAGGUCGCCGCCGUUUCAUCCACCGCGAAUCGCGGCGUGCACCAUCUCGGCGGGGGUAUGACCGAUGGCGACGGUGACGGCGGCCUCGGGGAUAAGCCGACCAAGAAGAAGCGGAAGCGAUGCGGAGAGUGCAUAGGCUGCCAGCGCAAGGACAAUUGCGGGGACUGCGCGCCAUGCAGAAACGACAAGAGCCAUCAGAUCUGCAAGAUGAGAAGAUGCGAGAAGCUCACGGAGAAGAAGCACCUGUACCACCUGCAGACUGGUGAAGGGACGUUCCGAGAACGCGGGAGGGGACGAGGCAAGGGCGCCACGAGGAGUUACCGGAAAAUCGCACGGCAGGUCAACACACCUGAUAGCGCACCAGCUGGUCUCGGCAGUCCGCAGGGUGGUAUUGGCGGUUUGCAGCAACAACACCAGCAACAAACGCAACAAUCUUUGCACCAGGCAGAUCCCAUGCAGCAGACCAAGGACAAUCUCAAUCCCGCGGCGAACCAACAAACGGGCGCCCUUAGAAACGGGAACCCGCCACCACCUGUCGUCUCUAUGUCACCCGGGGUGAUGCCAUUUUAUGGUGAUUCCGGUACCGGUUUCCGUCCCGCAGCUGGAUUUGGAAAUACGGUUUGGCAUCAGGGAGUUGGCGCCGUUGCGGUCGAAACGUCACCAGCACCGUGGCCACCUCAACAAUUCAUUCAGCAGAUACCCGCACCAAAUCAACUCGAAGAGUUGAGGUAUCACACUCAGUAUGGCACCGCGGCAUCACCCUAUCAUCCUCAACCAGUUGCGUAUCAGCAACAAACGUUCAUAACGGCAGAUCAGUCUGCGUUUCAACGGGCCGGAACGACGGGACAGUACACCAUCACGGGGCAACCUUCGCCGUUGACUCCUGUCGGAGGACAGGCGGUGGUUUCGACGCCUCAGAGGCAAUUGAAUGGACAAUUUGUAGAUCCCUCGGCUACUGCUAACCAAUCAGUCGCCUACGAGCGACAGGACUACGUAAAUGGCUAUCAACAACAAGACGUGACGAUGGCGCCACCUCCGUCGACAACUCCAACGAGUCGGAGCAGCUCGGUGCACAUGGAUAGUCAGCAACAACAGCAACAAGGAGGUCCGCAGCAGCAACAACAACAACAACAAAACACCGCGGAUACGCAAGUAAAGGGAUUCGCAACCAUCGCCGCCACUAACGUGUCGGGAAACGAGAUGCCUGGGUAUCCACUUCAACCGGACCCACAGAGUUUACACAACUCUAACGGGUAUCCAGGCUACGUGGAAAUGGGUCAGCAAUCAUCGCAGAACCAAUGGCAAAUGGUUCCGCAGCAACAACAGCAACACCACCAGCAAACGCAAAUGCAACAGCAACAAUCGCUAGUUGACAAUAGUCAACGACAUAUGUGGUCAGAUACUAGCGGAAAGAUGAGCACUAGUAACAUGAAUUGGCAAGAAGGAGCGAUGCAACAGCCGCAGAAGCCUCCACCGCAGCAACAGCAAAAUAUGCAAGACAACAUGAAGCCGCAGGUGGAACAACAAACUACUCAAAUACAACCACAGGAACUGCCAAGACCAGCGAGUCACAUGAGCUGGGAGUCUGGAAGCGUGAAGGAACCCCAAACGCCACAGUCGUGGUCCGAAAACGCUGACAACCAGCAACAACAAACUCAGGGAAACUGGUCGCAACAGAGUCCGAAGUUAAGAGAUCCGCAAAAUUCGCGGUUGACGCCAUCCAAUCAAUCGUCUCAACAUCAGACUUGGUUGCAACACUCUCCGAAGCUGGCAGAUCACCAGCACAAUAAUUCUCAACAAAAUGCGAGGAUGACGCCUUCUGGCCAGCGCAACUGGCAACAAAAUAGUCCAUCGGAGAUGCAAGGAUCUCAACAAAAUCCGAGAUUGACGCCUUCUGGACAGCACAUACAGCAGCAGCAGCAGCAGCAGCAGCAGCAGCAGCAGCAGCAGCAGCAGCAACAACAACAACAACAACAACAACAACAACAACAACAGCAGCAGCAGCAGCAGCAGUGGCCGCAGCAGACCAAGGUGGAGCAGAAUCCCAGACUCACACCGUCCAAUCAAAUAUCAUGGCCCGACACGCCGACUAGUCAACCGAAUUGGUCACCAAAUAGCAUAAAAAGUGAUAAUAGUCAACAGCCGCAGCAACAAUGGCAGGACUCGCAGCCCAGUCCUAGACGGACUCCGAGUCAUCAGUGGCAAAGUCAGCUGCCACAGGAAAAUAAAAUGGACAGUCAAAUGUCUUGGUCGCCCGUAAAUUCUGUAUCAGAAACUCAAUCGACUUGGGGACAACAGGCGACAAAGCAGGACAUACAAAACUCAGGAGAGAGAAUUGCGUGGCAACAACAAGCAGUAGCGGAUACGAGCAAACCGAAUGGAUUUCCGGAGAAUCAAGAUAAUCCGGAAAACAAUGUUUAUGCUCAAUCUAAUCGAGUGAAUCUCAACAGCCGACUGAAAUCGAUGAUUUUGAACAAACAGCAGCAGCAGCAGCAACAACAGCAGAUGCAGCAGCAACAACAGCAGAUGCAUCAGCAACAACAGCAGAUGCAGCAGCAUCAACAACAACAACAACAACAACAACAACAACAACAACAUCAGCAAACUCACCAUCAUCAAAUGCAAUCGCAACACGUCAAUAUUAACAAUGGAUCCGCUUCAGAGUAUUCAGCGGACGAUCAAAUACGCGAUGCACAUGAAAAUAACGAAAAAAUGCAAGAGAAACGCACGGAUCAUUUCAUCAAUCAGACGAACAUUUCAAUGUCGCAACCUAAUGAAAAUUUGACCGGUAAUUUUUUAUCGCAUAGCCACCACCCUCGGGUAGAUAGUUUGCCCGACGGUGGUGGCUUAUGGGAAUGGACGGAUGGAGAACAUACUCACAAUAAUAAUGGCAUUGAUAAUAAAGAUGACGAUAAUUCUGCAUUACCGGAAAAUGGAAUAACGGCUUUUGAAAAUUUUAUGAAGCUCGCCGCUGAAAAUAAGAGUGAAUCAUGCGACAAAGACAAGGCUCAACAGUCUUGGGAGACAGAAGGAAAAAGCAAUGAAGAUCAAAACAUCGACGACAAGUCUUUCCAGCAAAGAUUAUGCAUGGAUCAAAUUGUAAACACGCCUUUCGAGAGAUCCCAGAAGAUAUCUGAAAGUGAAAUAAAAAGCGAUAAUCUGGAUUUUCUAAAGACUAACGCUGCCGAUCAAACAUCCUCUUCAGAUAAAUGCGAUUCUGAUCGUGUAAUUAAACAGGAGAACACCGAAGAUCACAGUUAUAUCCACGUAUCCCAUGAGGCGUCUAACAUUGAGAACGAAGAGAAUCGAGAGAUUUCUCAAGAUUAUAAGUUUCGUGGUGAUGGUGGACCUGCAAAGGUGUCACCGGGAACCGGUUCGUGGUGCUGUCGAAGAGGUGGGACUGAACAACCAACUGCCGAGCAUCUAAGAGAUGGUUGUUGUCAGGGUCUUCAAACCAAGGAUGAAAUACUGGCCGAUUCUCCGGAGAAAGCCGAGUUAAAGAACGAAGGACCGCACAGUCCACAUACUCCGACUACGACGACUAUGACGACAAAAUUACAAGAUCACUUGGACAAACUGAAGAACAAUGUCAGGACUGAAGUACCGGACUGCAACUGCUUUCCCGCUGAUAAAUGUCCACCAGAGCCCGGUUCGUACUACACUCAUCUUGGGGCGGCUGCAAGCCUUCCUGAUCUUCGGAACGAUAUUGAACGAAGAACCGGUCUUAAGGGCGACGCGAUAAGAUUCGAAAAGGUCGUCUAUACUGGCAAGGAGGGCAAAACCACGCAAGGAUGUCCAAUGGCCAAGUGGAUCAUCCGACGAUCCGGCAUCGAUGAGAAAAUCUUAACCGUGGUAAAACAUCGUCAAGGUCACAAGUGUCCGACCGCCUGGAUCGUCGUAGCUAUGGUUGCCUGGGAAGGAGUACCAACUCACGAAGCGGAUCGCAUCUAUACUCUCUUAAGUCAUAAGCUCAAUCGAUUUGGUCUUCCAACCACCAGACGAUGCGGUACCAACGAACCGCGAACUUGUGCAUGUCAAGGACUCGAUCCUGACUCUUGCGGCGCCAGUUUUUCCUUUGGCUGCUCCUGGUCAAUGUACUAUAACGGUUGCAAAUAUGCCAGAAGUAAAACCGUCCGAAAGUUUCGACUGUCUGUACGAUCAGAAGAACAAGAAGUUGAAGAAAGAAUGCAUGUUCUAGCGACGCUUUUGUCACCUUUGUAUCUUAGUCUUGCGCCAGAGGCUUUCAAUAAUCAAACUCAAUUCGAGCGGGAAGCGAGCGAAUGUCGUUUAGGAUUUAAACCAGGUCGACCUUUUUCCGGUGUUACGGCCUGCAUUGAUUUCUGUGCACACGCCCAUCGGGAUCUACACAACAUGAAUAACGGAUGUACCGUGGUAGUUACCCUGACAAAACAUCGAACAUUGUCGAAACCCGAAGAUGAACAAUUACACGUGCUACCUCUUUACAUAAUGGACGACACAGAUGAAUUCGGUUCAAAAGAAGGUCAGGAGAAGAAGGUUCGCUCUGGUGCUCUUGAAUUGUUAUCCAAAUAUCCAUGCGAGGUUCGAGUUAGAUCAGUACCUCUUCAGCCGUGUAGGCGUCACGGUAAAAAAAGGAAAGAAGAUGAACCAGACAUUCAGACCAGUAAGAAGGACACAGUCAAAAUAAUGACGGAAAAAAUGGCUGAUUCCGGGCGUUCGCCAGGACAUGCAGACUCUUCUAAGCUACAAUCGCAAUUAACACUGGAAAUGACACCCAUGUUCGAAGGAAUUGACGCGCAGCUGCAGAGUUCUCAGGUAUCAUCCACGGUCUUAGACAGUCCAGUAUCUAUGUAUCAAGGAUGGGGAGCAUACCAAGGUGAGCAACAAUGGAACCGAAACGGCUGGCUUGAACAGCGUAAAAGUAAUUGGUUGAAUCCAUGGGGAGAAUAUCCUUCGUUUGGUGGUUUAGAGAGGGACAUCAAAGUGGACCCAGACAGUACCAGUUUGGAUGAUAUUAGGCCCAGGAGUACCGUUUCUCAAGAAGAGCACAGACCAGGCUCGAGGAAUCUACCUAACUCUACAGUGGAUUCAGCCAGAGGAUGUUACGGGAAUUCACCUAGAACCCAUUCCAUUUCUCCUCGUUCGCACAUGAGCAUAUCGGGAGAGAUGUCUUAUAACGCGUCACCCAGAAGUUGUACCGCGACACCUCAGGAUCCGAAAAUGAUUCCAUUGAAGGGAAUGGAACAUUCAGGCAUGGAAAAUAAUUAUGAUCAUCAAAUGGCUUCUGGAAUUUACGCCACUUCUGUCAACGGACCAAAUGACUGUUCUCCAUCAAAAAUUGGAUCUCUCAAUCCAUCGCUCGGCAUGGAUACUACGCAUCGAAACAUUCCAUCCAAGAUGAAUCAAUCACCAAUUCACGUACGUAAUAUGGGACAAGAUUGUAUCAACAAUCAAUUGAGGUUGUCUCCUAAAUAUACGGGAGAUUUUAAUUCACAGAAAUAUUCGGAUACCAUGAUGCAGAAUUACGCAGAUGCUGAAAAUUCUACGAAAUCACCAUUACUGAGGCCACAAGUUGAACAAACAUUUGCAAAUAGAAUGCAGCAUCUCUCUCCAUCAAAACAAAUGCAAUCAUCCAUUAACUCUGGCUAUCAUAAUCAAUAUUGCGACGGUAACACGUCGAAUUUAUUUCCUUAUGCGGACAAUAGUAAUCAUAAAUCUAUGGAAACUCCGAACUCGGAUAUUUUAGGGCAUAAUUCAUUGCAUUUGCCAGAACAGAGAAAUGACGCGCAAUGCUCGAAUGAUCAACGAAAACUUAUUUAUCAUGCGCAAAGACAAUCGGAAUCGAAGUCCUUCAAUCAUCCCCCAUCCCCGUCUUCCGAUCAAGUUUCUUCACAGAAUUGGAAUACGGCAAAUUCGUGGUGUCCUAAUCAAGUUAAAAAUCCACAACAAUUUGAUCAGACAAGCGACAAGAAAAUUUGGGUCGGCAAACUAACAAGACCGGAUCAAACUAAAACUGCUCCCUGGGAAACGUCAUCUGAACCGUCGCCAUUCCGAGUGCCAAAAGGAAGACCACCUUCGCGAACGAUAUCUAAUCAGAACCCAUCUGCGGAGCCCAAUGCAUAUCCAAAUCCUUUGGCCAGAACAUUUUUAAAACCUCCGGAAUCUAAGCCUAUUUUCGCUCCGAAUAGUAAUCCAAUUCAAAAUGGAUGUAUACCCAAUCAAUUGAAGGAUAAUUGCAUGGAGGAUAAAUUGCGAGAAGUAUUUUAUGAUAACAAGCAAGAAGUGUCAAAUUCCAAUCCAAAUUCUCUCGCAUGGACCGAAGAGAUGAAACAGGAUUUCCACGCUAUGUCCGGCUUAAGUCACCAUGCGUUUCCUCAAUACGGAUAUCCGACCUAUCCAGUGUUCGAGAAACCUUAUACGAACUCAUGGGAAGGUUACAACUAUAAUCAUCAUCAAUCAUAUCAGACUCCGGAGCAAUUCUAUCAGCAACCAAAACGCGAAGGUUGCUUUCAUUCGUCUCAAUAUUCGUAUCAGGGCUUGAACCCUACGUAUCAAGGUUUGAAUUCGGGUUGGACAAGAUGGGACACGCCACGAUGGGAUAUUUACGGACCACCAUCUUAUUUCCCUGUUCUGCCAGAGCCUCCUCCGAAGGCGGAACCACUCGGCGAAAUAACAGACUAUUCAGAGAAUGAGGAAUGCUUCAAAGACCCGCAAAUGGGUGGUGUCGCGAUCGCUCUGAGCCACGGUAGCGUACUCUUUGAGUGCGCAAAACACGAAAUGCAUGCCACUACCGCACUGAAGAAACCCAAUCGGCUCAAUCCGACUAGAAUCAGCUUGGUGUUCUAUCAACAUCGCAAUUUAAACAGGCCCAAGCACGGUUGGGACGAGUGGGAGGAAAAGAUGCGACUGCGAAAAUUAGGUAUCACAACAUCGACCAGUACAUCCGCGUCGACGACCAGUCCGUCGACUCCAACUACCGCGACAAGCCCCAGUACGAUAAACGAGAAAACGCCACUUCCACCACUUUCGCACAUUCCAAAUGUUCCCAGUUCACAGUUCAUGAUGAGAUCACCUACUUACACCACGAUGACUUGGACAACACUCUUCCCGAUGCAUCCUUGUAUGAUAACUGGACCAUACCAAGAAGGUGGUGCGAUUGGAUGAGUCAAGGUCGGACGGUACAGCUUCGAUCGUCGAUGACCGAAGCCUGUAUCGAACUAUGCCAUCACCAAAAAUCGAAUCGACUAAAGGAUUCGAGAGAAAAUCUUGAAGAAGAAUCGCGAAGAAUCCGAUCGAGGAUGAAAUGAGGCGGCGACUUUACCAUGAGAGGCUUUAUAUUGUUAUUAUCGUUAUAGUUAGUUAUUCCGAAAACGAAAAACACACACUUUGCACUGCCAUUUUUCUAUUUCGAGUUUUACGCAAGAUUUAAACAUAACGACAAAAACGUGCUUCGCUGGGUGUGACUGCACUACCCUUUGUCGAGGCUCGCGUUUUAUACUGACUUUUUACUGAGUUGAACUCGAAAGAGACUCUCGUAAUCGAGGCAGAGGCUGCAAAAUCGAGACAAUGGUAAUGAUCGAGGCUAUUGAUGUAUCAGGAAAGCUCCGAUGAAAGCUGCGCCUUGCGAAGACUUUGAUACGAAGAUUUUCGUAUUCUGACCCUGUACACUUUAAGUAAUAUUGCUACGUAUAACGGUUUCGUGUUGGUAGAAUUGUAAUCUUACUAGCUAGUCGAAGUCUAGAUGAUGAAUCACGCGAUAUCACGCGUACACGUAAAAGCACACAUUGAACGUAUAUGCACUUCGAGACACCCAAGGAAACUUGCACGAUAUGUGAUCUCAGAAUUAUCGUACUUUUCUGAGACUUUGCAAAAAGGACAAAAGAAAAAGUUGAACAAUUGUGUACACGGCAUCGUAUAAAAAUAUUCAAAUUAAAUAUAAUAACAAAA